AUGGCAAAUGCAUAUCCAAAUAAUUUUCAACAUUAUAAUACAAAUCGUUGGAUGGCAAAUAAUAGUGUACCCGCCCAAGUUGUUAAUGUAACAGCACAGGUUGAAAGACCAUGUCCAGUUGUUCCACCUGUUUUUGUUUCUUAUGUUUAUGGAUCGCCUAUUGGAUGGAAUGCUGUGCUUGUUGGUUUAUUAUCUUGUUUACUUGCUUUGGUUUUUCUAUUGACAUGUCUUUAUUAUUUGGCAUUUCGUCGUCGUUUUAUGAAACAAGUCUCCGAUUGUCCAUCACCAGUUGUACUUGUUGAUAAAACAGCAGCCUCAACAAUUCCUGUAACAAGUACAUCACAAACGGCUACAACAACAUUUAUGCAUGAACCAGGAAAAGAAACAAAAAUCAAUACAUUUUCAGAACAAGCAUCAGGACCAAUGGCUGCUGGAGAUUUUGUUGUUGGUAUGCCAACACUUGGUAAUGGACAUGCAGCACCAUUACUUACAAAUGGUCUUUUGGCUAAUGGUAAUACUGAUCCAAGUGAACUUCGUUUACUUCAACACGAACAUCAUUAA